CUGCUAUCGGCGAUUUUUCCAUUUUAGACAGCACAGAUAGCAAACGUACCGGACGCAAAAUGGAGCUCGAGAUUGUGAACGCGAAAAAUAGCAAGCCGUACGGCAAGGUGAAGGUGCCCUCCGGCGCCACGCCCAUCGGCGACCUGAGAGCCCUAAUUCACAAGAGCUUGAAGCAAACCCCGGAUGCCAAUCGGCAGUCGCUACGUUUGGAGCUGAAGGGAAAGAGUCUUAAGGACACGGAUACCCUGGAAUCCCUGUCCCUGCGAUCCGGCGAUAAGGUCUAUGUUAAAGAUUUGGGUCCCCAGAUUGGUUGGAAAACAGUUUUCUUGGCAGAAUACGCCGGACCCCUCAUCGUAUACUUACUUUUCUACUUCCGACCAGAGUUGGUCUACGGCAAAGCGGCCUCUUUGCCGAUUUCCCUAACCACCCACAUUGCCGCCGGCUGCUAUACGGUCCACUAUGUGAAGCGUCUGCUGGAGACGAUCUUCGUCCAUCGAUUCUCACACGCCACCAUGCCCCUAAGAAAUCUCUUUAAGAACUGCACCUACUAUUGGGGAUUCACCGCCUAUGUGUCCUAUCAUGUGAACCAUCCUCAGUUCACCUCGCCCUGCAUGUGCACUGUUUGGGCGGCUCUUGGUGCCUUUGCUCUCUGCGAACUGGGCAACUUUUCGGUGCACAUUGCACUGCGCAACCUGCGUCCACCAGGAACCAAAGUGCGCAAGAUUCCCGUGCCCGAUGGAAAUCCCCUAACCAAGCUGUUUGACUUGGUUUCUUGCCCCAACUACACCUAUGAGAUCGGUGCCUGGGUUUCCUUCUCAGUGCUGACUUCUUGCCUGGCUGCAUAUCUGUUUGCUUUCGCUGGAGCUUUCCAGAUGACUGUUUGGGCUUUGGCUAAGCACCGCAACUACAAGAAGGAGUUCAAGGACUACCCUCGCCAGCGACGCUCCAUCUUCCCAUUCGUCUUGUAGGAUGGAUUCGGAUGUCCCAUGACGCAUUCGUUGUAUUACCUAUUCCACAUUACACAUUUAUACAUUUUGGCUAGCGUUUAACAGGGUAGUUGACUAGUGAACUUUGUGCUUUCGUUUAUUUAAAGCAAAUACAAAUUGGAGAAGCGUA